AGAGAGGUUAUGUUGUUUACAAUCGUCAAGAUAAUGAACUAAAGUUCAAAAAUCAAAAGGUGCGUCAAGGAAAUUCGUGCUCGAUUCAAACCAAACAGUCUUUUUUUUGGACUGUCUCGCCUGAUAACAUGUUUUAUUGAUAAUGAUAGUAAAGGUCAUACACCGUAAAUAUAAGCGAUUAUAUCCACUUGGCCACGGUGAACUAGAUUUUUUAUUUAAUCAUAGUGUUUAUAGUUGAGUUUUUUUAAUCUAAUUAAUUAAAAAAAUGACUGAACAUUCCGAACACAGUGAAGGAGGGGUACGAAGACGGACUAGAAGCGUUACUAGGGCUGAAGAAAUUCAAGCGGAAGAGCAAAAAGUUAGGAAAAAUCAACCAGAUAAACCAUGUCACAAACCGAGAGACUCUUUAUUUUCCUGGACUUCGGGAUUCGAUGAUUUCACGGGUUUCGUGAAUUGGGCAUUUUUGUUACUUUCUAUAGGAGGCGUUCGACUUCUGCUAGAAAAUUUCAUAAAAUACGGAAUAAGAAUAGAUCCGAUCCAGUGGUUCUAUAUGUUAACUGGACAGGAUGACUCCGGUUCUGAACACCCGUCUAUAGUUUUAAUAUUAUAUUCAUGUGUGCCUGUAAUUUUGUGCCUUUUAACUGAAAAGGGUUUGGCUGUGGAAAUAAUACCAAAUAAGGCUGGAAUGUUUGUACACAUAAUAAAUCUUUUAGUGCUAAUUCUACUUCCGAUGGCUGUAAUUCACGUAAAAGACGGGUUCAGUUUAAUGGGCGCGUCAACCGUAACCACCCUGUACAGCGUGCUGUUCUUGAAAUUGUGGUCCUACGUGCAAGUAAACUUGUGGUGUAGAAUCGCUAGGCAAAACAGCAAAGGCAGUUUGAGAAGGCAAUCAUUGUCUUAUAGUAAUUUGAGAAAAAGGAAAAACAGUAAAAACAGUCAAGAAGAAUCCAUGGAAGACCUAAAACUCGUCCAAUAUCCCGACAAUUUGACCCUAAGAGAUCUUUACUAUUACUUACUGGCUCCCACUCUGUGCUACGAAUUGAAUUUCCCCAAAACAGACAGGAUAAGAAAACGCUUCCUUAUGAAGAGAAUAUUUGAAGUGGUUUUAGGGGUGCAACUGAUCUUUUGCAUAAUGCAGCAGUACAUGAUACCGACCAUAAAGAAUUCUUUAAUACCGUUCAGUAACAUGGAUUACACCAAGAGUACUGAAAGGCUGUUGAAAUUGGCUAUCCCCAAUCACUUGGCUUGGCUGUGCAUGUUCUACAUCAUGUUCCACUCCUGGUUGAAUCUGCUCGGUGAAAUUUUGCAUUUUGCCGAUAGAAGUUUUUACGGCGACUGGUGGAACGCCAACAACAUUGACACUUUUUGGAGGAAUUGGAAUUUGCCCGUCCACAGAUGGGCGUUGCGUCAUCUUUAUUUCCCCAUGAUCGAAAUGGGUUACAGCAAGUCCAUAGCCAGUGUCGCUGUGUUUUUCAUUAGCGCGUUUUUCCACGAAUACAUGGUUAGCGUUCCUCUAAAGACGUACAAAAUUUGGGCUUUCGGCGGCAUGAUGGCUCAAAUUCCGUUGUCGUACUUUUCCAAAGUCGUGGAAAAAGCUUAUGGGCAGCGAUUCGGAAAUUUGGUGUUUUGGUCUUCGAUCAUUUUGGGACAACCUUUAUGUAUUAUGAUGUAUUACCACGAUUAUAUUGUCGUUAAAUAUGGAGAAUCGUUGUUGGAAGAAUAUUCGCAUGUUUAAUUUUGGAAAUCGUUUUAUAGAAUCAGAAUUUAUUAAUAAAUAAACGGAUUAUUAGAUUUGGAAUAUUUCCAAAAAUGAAAAAAAUAUUUUUUUAAUGCUAUGUUGCAUUUAAUAUGAAGAGUUAUGUAUUAGAUAUUUUAUAUAGCCAUUUUGGUAAGAUUAAAUCAAGAUAUUAAGAAGUAAAAUGCUCUCUUAUAAAGAGAUGAUAACGUAAAUAUACCAGUGAAAAUCUACUUAUAAACAAAACUAUAUUAUAUUUACAUGUUUUUUUUUUAA